AUGAUCAACUCCGUUGCUCUUCUGGCUCUUGCCAGCCCGGCCUUCGCCGGUAUUAUGCAGGCCCGUGGCGAGGACUUCAUCCGUCCUGCCGCCCAGAGCUCUGCUGCCGUUGGUGCCCCUGCCCAGGCUGAGGGCUGGGGUGAGAGCUGGUCCAAGCCGGCCGAGCACGUCUCGACCACCGAGCACCACCUCUCAACCACCGAGCACCACGUCUCGACUACCGAGCCCCAUGUCUCGACCACCGCGCAUGUCUCGACCACCGAGCCCCAUGUCUCGACUACCGCGCACGUCUCGACCACCGGCUCCUGGAGCAGCAAGUCCAGUGAGUCGUGGACAACUCCGUGCACCACCUCGACUACCCCGGUGCACGAGCAUACCACCACGACCCCGGUGCAUGAGCAUACCACCACUACCCCGGUGCAUGAGCAUACCACCACUACCCCGGUGCAUGAGCACACCACCACUACCCCGGUGCACGAGCACACCACCACCCCGGUGCACGGAAACACCACCACCCCAUGCACCACCUCGACCACCCCGGUGCACACCACCACUGCCCCGGUGUAUGAGCAUACCACCACCCCGGUGCACGGAAACACCACCACCCCAUGCACCACCUCGACCACCCCGGUGCACACCACCACUGCCCCGGUGUAUGAGCAUACCACCAUCCCGGUGCACGGAAAUACCACUAUCCCAGUGCCCGGAAAUACCACUACCCCAUGCACCACCUCGACCACCCCAGUGUACGAGCACACCACCACCGUCCCGGCGCACGGCAAUGCCACCACCACCCACGUUCCUGUCAAGCCUGGUACCACCAAGACUCUCACUUACGUGACCACCACCUGCCCUGUCACCUCGUCUACCAUCACCUCUGGCUCUAAGACCUGGACUGUUCCCGUCACCGGAACAAGCACCAUCACCAUCACCAAGACCACCGUGUGCACCCAGUGCGAGAACGAGAAGCCCCUGACCUUCUACAAUGCCACUCGUCCUGGCACUGAAGGCCCCACCGCAGGCCCCACUGCUCCUGUUCUGAAGCCCACCGGAGAGGUCAUUGUUCCCGGUCACUCCAAGCCCGCCGAGACCUUCCCUGCCGAGACUAAGCCCGGUGUCCCUGCUGAGACCAAGCCCGUCGAGACCAAGCCCGUUGAGACUAAGCCCGGUGUCCCCGCUGAGACUAAGCCCGCUGUUCCCGUUGUUCCCGCUGAGACCAAGCCCGGUGUCCCCGCUGAGACUAAGCCCGCUGUUCCCGUUGUUCCCGUUGUUCCCGCUGAGUCCAAGCCCGGCGUCCCUGCCGAGACCCACCCCGCUGUCCCAGUUGUUCCCGCUGAGUCCAAGCCUGGUGUCCCUGCUGAGACCAAGCCCGCUGUCCCCGUUGUUCCCGCUGAGACCAAGCCUGCUGUUCCCGGCUCCCCUGCUGAGACUAAGCCCGCUGUUCCCGGCUCCCCCGCUGAGACUAAGCCCGCUGUCCCUGGCUCCCCUGCUGAGACCAAGCCCGCUGUUCCCGGCUCCCCUGCUGAGACUAAGCCUGCUGUUCCCGGCUCUCCCGCUGAGACUAAGCCCGCUGUCCCUGGCUCCCCUGCUGAGACUAAGCCUGCUGUUCCCGGCUCUCCCGCUGAGACUAAGCCCGCUGUCCCUGGCUCCCCUGCUGAGACCAAGCCUGCUGUCCCCGGCUCCCCUGCUGAGACCAAGCCUGCUGUCCCCGGCUCCCCCGCUGAGACCAAGCCCGCUGUCCCCGGCUCCCCUGCUGAGACUAAGCCCGCUGUCCCCGGCUCCCCUGCCGAGACUAAGCCCGCUGUUCCCGGCUCCCCCGCUGAGACCAAGCCCGCUGUCCCCGGCUCCCCGGCUGAGACUAAGCCCGCUGUCCCCGGUUCCCCGGCUGAGACCAAGCCCGCUGUCCCCGGUUCCCCUGCUGAGACUAAGCCCGCUGUUCCCGGCUCCCCCGCUGAGACCAAGCCCGCUGUUCCCGGCUCCCCUGCUGAGACCAAGCCUGCUGUUCCCGUUGUUCCCGUUGUUCCGGCUGAGUCCAAGCCCGGCGUCCCUGCCGAGACCCACCCUGCUGGUCACCCCUCCACCCCCGAGACUGAGCAACCCUCUACCCCUGAGACUGAGCAGCCCUCUACCCCUGGACAGCACGGUUCCUCCCCCUCCUCCAACGAGUUCACCGGUUCCGCGGCCCACGUCAAGCCCGCCGCUGGCCUCCUUGCUGGUGUUGUUGCCCUCAUGGCUCUCCUGUAA